AUGUCAAAAAACCUCGAUCAAAACUUUAUUAAAAGUACUUUUACACUGAGUUUUGCCGUCGAAAUUGUUGGGUUGGAGAUCUGGCAUGAUUGUAAUGAAGGGUACCUCGAACUAGGUCCUUGUGUACAAGGGCUAAGACUUCAGUAUCAACUGUACUUCGGGCAGAACUUUGAUGUCGAUAUUGCUAUCUGGCCUCAUGUUGCUAAGGUCAUCUGCGGCCAAGCGACCUGUUGGGUACGCACCUGGCAAUUCUUGGAGCGCCGCUGGUUGACAUUCUCCAUUCGCCACGCGUUUCCUGUCAGAGUCUCGGAUCUUCAGGUCUUCGAAGCUGUUGUCAAUCCCACUCUUGGAUUGGGUGCUAUUAGUGCUAAUGCCAAGGGUGAUAAGAACGUGGAGGUGUACCUCCCCCCACUAGAAUUUGGACAGCGUCGGUAUUUUGGCCCCGUCAACUCCACCGUCACUUCAGAAGCAGAGAGGCUUUGGAAAUUUAUAAAAAAUAUGAUUUGGACUCCGCUUCUAGAGUAUAUACCACCAUCGUUCUUGGACGGAACUUUUGACGAGCCGUACCCCGUUGCAGAUGUGAGACAUCAAGAUGCGAUCUUAGAUCAUGUGCAAGAAAUUAUUCUAAAACCGAAUAUUCAAAAAGAUGGUUCAGAUAUUCUAGAUGAAGUAAUUGCUCAAAAACCUUCAAAGGAUGCCAAAGGUGGGCAAAAAGAUAAGAAAAAGCCAGAAGCAAAAAAUAAAUUUGAAAUUAAACUGUCUGGUGAUUCGAUUUUAGCCGGAACGGGAAGAGUAAUCCCCUUCGCAACAUUUGGCGAUAAACCGGCGGACUUAGGGGAAAUUGUUGUUCUCUUAAGCAGUUCUAAUUUACCAGCUCAGGAUGACUCCCCUAUAGUGUUCGUAAACAUAAACACAUUAUUCGAUGCACCACUCCAAGAAUUUAGAGAUCGGAGAAUAACACACUUGUAUACCCGAUGGAGUUUAGGAGAAGAAAUUCAUGACUCCCAACCAGUAGAUAUCAGAUCCAAAAAAAUUACUAAGGUCGAGUUUAACGACCAUCAUGCUUUGCCUCUGGAAUCCUGUAAAAUGGCAGAAGUAAUUUCCGAGUAUAUAGAUGAUGUUUAUAAGAUUCAGCUUCGUGGAGUCCGAACGCCUUCGGAGGUGCCUGAAGUUGGAAAUUUAUUUGGCUAUGCCAAAGGAGACCGUGACUAUGGAACUGGUUCUGCUCCUAAAGUGAUAGAAGAAGAACUUGACUUUAUUAUUGCUAAUACGAAACUAGACGCUCGGAGUUUAUCUAAAGGAAUAAAUGGUUUCAUUAGAGGAGAAUUUCCCCUCUAUCCACCCACAUUAUCUGUCCCUUUUAUAUCGCGUACACAAUCUUGUACAAAUGAUAUCAAUAUGAUCGGAAUUCCACUAACUCCUAUGCUAGUCGUUCCAGCAAGUUCUAUUCUAACAAGCCAAAUGACUCUGGGUAUAUCAAUGGGGGUAGUUGGAUGCAAACCUCCGAGACUUACUUCAUGUUUUUCUAGACUCUUUUGCCUCGUCAGUGACAGUGAGAGCAUCAUGUCAGUAUUGAUGAAAAUCAGAAAUAUAAAUGAAGAAUCUGGUUUGACAAGAGAUGAGAAGCUCUCAGGCUUUGCAUUAGAUACGGGUGAUAUCGUUAUCUUGUUUGUAGAAGGUCCAAGAGACGGACAUAUUUUAGAAGUUUGGUAUCAAACUGAAGAAUUUUACCCCAAAAUGAAGCCGACUUUUUCAAGUUCUUCGAGAUAUUCUACUAGGGUAUAUUCUGAAUUUAUGGAUGUGUUGCCUUUCAAAGUGUUGAAAAUGAAAGUCCCCCUGUGUUUAUUGUUAGCUUGCCCUACUAUGUACGCGCGUCCUGCAUUGCCACUACCUACUAGAAUCGCAGCACUAAAAUUUGGUAGAAUAAUUCAGAAUAAAUACCGGUGCUUGCCACCACGAUGUGAACUUCCAAAUUUUGCUGAGUUGAGGAGUUUCAGGCUUGAACUUUGCUCACCACCACGUGGUAUGCUAGAGAAAGCAUCCACCACCCAAUUCGACACUGUUAAUGACGCAAAUGAAGACGGAACUGGUAAAAACCAAAGUUUAUCUAGAAUUAACUGGGAGAUGUCCAAGCCUCAUUGA